AUGGGCGACUUCAAUGGUUUUGGCGGCUCCGAUGAGGAGAACGCCGAGAUCAAGAGGCUUAAUGCCGAUGUCGAAGCCGACCCCGACAGCUUCGACAACUGGGAGAAGCUCGUGCGCACCUGCGAGGGCCUCGAGGGCGGCCUCAACCGAAACUCGAGCCCUCAGGCACUAGCCGCACUUCGCGACACCUACGACCGAUUUCUGCUCAAGUUUCCCCUCUUGUUUGGCUAUUGGAAGAAGUACGCGGACCUGGAGUUCAACAUUUCUGGUCCCGAGUCUGCCGAAAUGGUCUACGAGAGAGGCUGCGCCAGCAUCACAAACUCUGUGGAUCUCUGGACAGAGUACUGCAGCUUCAAAACGGAGACCACUCACACACCCCAACUUGUGAGAGAGCUCUUCGAGCGCGCCGCAGACCACGUCGGCAUGGACUUCCUUGCCCAUCCAUUUUGGGACAAGUAUCUUGAGUACGAAGAGCGACAGGAGGCUCAUGACAAGAUAUUCGCCAUCUUGAACCGUGUCAUCCACAUUCCUAUGCAUCAGUACGCCCGCUACUUUGAGCGUUUCCGGGCUCUCGCAGCUAGCAGACCCCUUGAGGAGCUCGCCCCAGUCGACGCAUUGUCCCAGUAUCGGUCAGAAAUCGAAGCUGAAUGCCAAGCCUUUGGAAUUCAGAAGUCCGACCUCGAGCUUGAGCGUGAUAUCCGCGCCAAAAUUGACGCUGCUUUUUACGUCAUCUUUCAGCGUUCCCAGACCGAGACGAACAAGCGUUGGACCUUUGAGGCCGAGAUCAAACGGCCGUAUUUUCAUGUCACCGAACUCGACUAUUCACAGUUGGCUAAUUGGCGAAAAUACCUCGAUUUCGAGGAGGCGGAAGGUGAUUUUGCCAGGACGGUGUUUCUAUACGAGAGAUGCCUUGUCACUUGUGCCUUCUAUGAAGAGUUCUGGUUCCGAUAUUCUCGGUGGAUGGCGGCUCGAGAGGGCAAGGAAGAGGAAGUCCGCAAUAUCUUCCUCCGUGCAAGCACGCUGUUUGUUCCCGUCAGCAGACCGGGCAUUCGACUUCAGUUUGCCUACUUCGAGGAAUUGUGCGGCCGGAUCGAUGUUGCUAGGGCCAUCCAUGCAGCCAUUCUUGACAAGCUGCCCGAUUCCGUCGAGACUAUCAUUUCGUGGGGUAAUCUGGAGCGACGCCAGAGCGGCCUCGAGGCAGCGAUUGUGGUCUACAAGACCCAAAUUGAUUCAACCGCCGUCGACAUUUUCACUAAAGCAGCUUUGGUCACCGAGUGGGCAUCGUUGCUGUGGAAGGUCAAGGGAUCGGUCGAAGAAGCUCGGAGUGUCUAUGUUAAGAAUGUACAGUGGUAUGCCGAUAGUCGUCACUUCUGGCAGAAAUGGCUGCAAUUCGAAAUGGAGCAGCCCACGAACACCGAACUCGAGGCACAAAUUGGCGAGCGUGUCAAAAAUGUGAUCGACGAGAUGCUCGUCAAGAGCCGUCUUUCUGCUGGAAUCAAGCAGGAGGUCAGCCAGACGUAUCUCAGCUACCUGCAACAACGCGGGGGAAAGGCGGCUAUGAAGGAAUUCCUGGCCAUGGAUCGGGAGAUAUUUGGACCGCAGUCCAUCUCGACCAUCACCAAAGCCAAACUCAGCAAGGAUAGCAACGGCUUGCCUGUCGGAGAACUUGACGACGCCACUCGCCUGAAGGCCGAGAGCCGGUUCUACAGCUACUACGAGCUGCACAUGGACCCUGAUCCGAACGCUCAGGGGAAUGCCGGCUUCCAUUAG